GUUUCGUUUCGGACACCACAUGCAUGCACGCGCUUUUUGUUUAUGGCUACCAUUUCCAACGUUGUCACGAACACUUAUUGUGCUUCUCCCACUCCACUGCUCCGCCGGCGAGCCACCGCCAUGGCGCUUCGUGUACAGCUCGUCCUCGCCGUCGCCGUGGUUGUGCCGGCGUUGGGGGUGGCGGCGGGUGGUGCUACCUUGGGGGUGAACUAUGGCCAGGUCGCCGAUAACUUGCCGCCGCCGCAGGCGGCGGCCAUGCUCCUCCGCUCGCUGAACGCCACCAAGGUGAAGCUCUACGACGCCGACGCGCGCGUUCUCAGCGCGUUCGCUGGCUCCGGCGCCGACUUCACCGUCGGCCUCCCGGACCGCCUCGUCCCGCGCCUCGCCGCCGACCCGUCCGCCGCCGCGGCGUGGGUGCGCGCCAACAUCCUGCCCCACAUCCCGGCGACGUCCAUCACCGCCGUCACCGUCGGCAACGAGGUGCUCACCGGCAACGACAGCGCCAUGCUCCGGUCGCUCCUCCCGGCGAUGCAGUCGCUCCACGCCGCGCUCGCCGCUUGCAACCUCACCUCGCGGGUGGUCGUCACCACGGCGCACUCCCUCGCCGUGCUCUCCUCCUCGUUCCCGCCGUCCUCCGCCGCGUUCCGGCGCGAGCUCCUCCCGUACAUGGCGCCCCUCCUCGCGUUCCUCGCCAAGACCGGCUCGCCGUUCCUCAUCAACGCCUACCCGUACUUCGCCUACAAGGGCGACCCGGAGCACGUGGACCUCAACUACGUGCUGUUCGAGGCCAAUGCCGGCGUCGGCGACCCGGCGACGGGGCUGCGCUACGACAACAUGCUGCACGCGCAGGUGGACGCGGUGCGCGCCGCGAUCUGCAGGGCAAACUACGGCAAGGCGGUGGAGAUCCGGGUGUCGGAGACCGGGUGGCCGUCGCGGGGCGACGACGACGAGGCCGGGGCGACGCCGGAGAACGCGGCGAGGUACAACGGCAACCUGAUGCGGCUGGUGGCGCAGGGGAAGGGGACGCCGGCGGCGCCCGGCGAGGCGCUGCAGGUGUACGUGUUCGCGCUGUUCAACGAGGACAUGAAGCCCGGCCCAGCGUCGGAGCGGCAUUACGGCCUGUUCAAGCCCGACGGCACGCCGGCGUACGACGUCGGCGUGAAGGCUCCGACGAUUGGCGGCAGCUGGAAGGGGAGAGCCAAUGGCACUAGCGGCGGCGGCGCCGGCGGGCUGGUCGUGGCGGAAGGGCCCGGAGGGGCAGACGGUGCAGGGCAGGGCACUGGAUUCUACACCGUGUCAGCAGCAGCACACAAGGUGAAGAGGUGGCGGUGCUGGGAAAGCUUGUUCGCAACCGUUGUUCUAGUCAUGUCGUCCGGCCUGUGUUGGUCAUGACCUGAAGAGUUGAAGAUGUUCAUGAAGAAUUGAAGAUGCAGUAGAGGAGGAGAUCGAUCUGCAGCAUUUGCAGACAAAGGAGAAAUGAGCUUGAACAAAAACGCCAUUGAUUCAAUUGAUUCUUGUGUUUUCGCUGUCCUCCGAUUGGUGUUGGUUGAUGUGUAGUUUGUGUACUGUAAGGAAGAGAGAUGUAAGGGACAUUACAUGAUACACUGGAUUAUUAAUUAGUUCAGAUUCAGAUUUCUGAAAGGAUUAGAACAUUUACGCCCAGUAGAUGGCCAGACUUUUAAAUCAUGGAUUUGGAUUUUUUUCCCCAA